AUGAUGCCUCAACAGAGGAGUUUUAUUGAUGUUGUGAUGCGGCAUAACCCGCCAACAUAUUCUGGUUCCGUAGAGCCUGGAGUUCUUGAGUUCUGGGUUGAAAAGAUAGAAAAGAUAUUUCGUGUUGUUCAGGUUCCACCGGAUCAACGAGUCAAUAUCGGGGCUUAUUUCUUGGAAGGUCGAGCAAAUCGGUGGUGGUUAGCAAAGAAGCAAGAGCUGCUGGACUUGAACCAGGGUUCGAUGUCAGUCGAGGACUAUUUUGUAAAGUUCAAUGAGCUGGAGAUAUAUGUUCCUGACUACUUUUCCUGUGAGCGAGAUAGAGUUGAUCAUUUUGUAGAUGGGUUGCAGCAGAGGAUUCAAGAAGCUUUAGUUGUGUUGGAUAUCAGUUCGUUGUAUAAGGCUUACGAGCGUGCUGCUAGAUUCUAUCAGAAGCAGGAAGUCAGGUAG